AUGUUGAUGAACAGACCACAAAUUGAGCAACACAUCCAAUGGAAGUUACAAGCUGGAAAUUGCUCAUUUUGGUGGGAUAAUUGGUUAGGCAGUGGACCGUUAGCACAAUUCACCAACAACAACAACAGAUUCAAUAACUCCAAAGUGGCAGAUUUUUGGGAGGCAGGAAAGUGGAGCUGGAGCAGAUUAUUGGAGCAGGCACCAGCCAGCCAGCUCUCCAAAAUCUUAACUACAGAGAUUUCCCCCCAUCAACACCUACCAGAUCAGGCUGUGUGGAAUCUUAACAACCAUGGUGGCUUCACUUGCUCACCAGCUUUGGAAGAAAUAAGAGAAAAAAAGGCUAAGAAGCACUUUAAUUCACAAUUAUGGCAUAAAAACAUUCCUUUUAAAUCUUCCUUCUUAUUAUGGAGAACCCUUAGGGGUAAACUCCCUACUAAUGAUAAACUAAUUAAUUUCGACAUUCAGCCAUCCAAUUGUGUUUGCUGUUUUGACAAAUCAGGUACGGACUGCAUAGAACAUAUUUUCAACUCCGGGAACUUUGCAGCCAAAGUCUGGAGCAGUUUUGCAGCCACUACAGGCAUGUUGCCAGACUUUUCUUCUCUGCAGGUACUGCUGCAGCAAUGGUGGACUGCCACGCCAAAAAAUGCAGCCCACAAAUUGCUCAUGCAAGCCACCCAAAUAUUCAUUUGUUGGAACCUUUGGAAGAACAGGUGUGCAGCUAAAUACGGAGGCAAAACAACCAACAUAAGCAGGGUCAAAUAUGUCAUAUACAAGGACACCUACAAGAUGCUUAACACUGCCUUUCCUCAAGUUAGAUGGCUGACAAAAUGGACAGAUUUAAUCCAAAUGAGUGAGAGGUGA